GGAAAAUGGACGACACCACUGCGCGCUUCGCACAAGCGGAAGAAACACAGUGACGCAAUAGCAAGUCCGUGUUGAUGAUCGAUUUAUCGGUUAAUCGAUUAAACACCAAUCGGCCUCUUGGUGUCCGUCGGCGCGGCAAAGAACCGGGAAACGAACCGGCUGAAGAACCACCGGAUACAGAACCGGGAACCGGGACUUUGUAACUUCCGCUCGACUCUUCGCUCGAGGCCUCGUAGAUUCAGGCUCGUUUGGACCCCCGGACCGGAACCAGGACCGGUUCUAGGAUGGGAGCCCACCGCAGUGAGGGAGGCCGGGACUGGCUGGUUCCGGACGGGCCGGAGCAGACGGAGCAGAGCCCGCCGUGGAACCUGAUGAUCAAACACCGGCAGAUACACCGACGGGGACGCCGCUCUCACAUGGCAGUCAGCUACACUGAUCCCCAGGUGUCCAUGGACCUGUUGAGGGCCGUGCUUCAGCCAAGCUUCAACGAGGACAUCAUGGCCGUGUUCAGGAAGUACCAAAAGUUCUUUGAGAAAGCGGCGGAGAACGUGAAGGAGAACGUCGGCGACGACGUCCAGACCGACCAGCUGAUCAGAGAGACCUGCAGGAACGUCCUGGAACACGUGUCUGUUCUGUCUCUGUGUGGUCACCAUGGUUUCCCUCUGAUGUCACCACCCAGGCCAAACAUCUGUUCCCGGAGGCGGAGGUCAACAGGCCGCGGUCAGAGGUCGCAGUUAAGAGGUCCAGACCUGCAGCCGACGAAGACUACAGCCAGAGAGGAAGCCCGGUCCCCAAGAAGGGCUCGGCCAGGUGUGGUGGCGGCCUCCGAUCGACCUCACACCUUCUCCACGCAAGUGAAGCUCAAGUCGGACCCCAUCAAGAGAGAAGGACCCAAGUGGGAUCCAUCCAGACUGAAUGAAAGCAGCACGUUCGUUCUCGGCUCCAGAGCCAACAAGGCUCUGGGGAUGGGCGGGACCAGAGGACGCAUCUACAUCAAGCACGCCGACCUGUUCAAGUAUGCAGCGGACGCCAAGGACAAGCAGUGGCUGGCAGAGCGACACCACAUGAGGGCCACGGGAGGGAAGAUGGCCUACCUGCUGAUUGAGGAGGACAUCCAGGAUCUGUCUCGCAGCGACGAGUACAACUGUGUGUGUGUUCAGGGACUGUGCGGACGUCAAGAUGGAAGAGUUGAAGCCGUUCUCAGUUCCUCUGUGGAUAGUGGAGAAGAUGCAGAGAGCCAUGGAGGCUCAGAGAGACGCCGAACCCUGACCCCCCCCUCACACACACACACAGUGAUCAUGUUCUUGUUUAUGCUGUUUUUAGAAAAAUGAAAUAAAAGACAAACCUUG